AUGCGUUGUUGGAACUUGGCGAUAUGCGUCCUGGGACCGGUUGUUGAGACGCAUUUGGACAUUUUCACUGCGCUGGCGCUUCGGAAGGUGAAAGAGUGGAAACCAGACUAUGAUGAGUAUACCGAGGAUCCUACUGGGUCGACUGAACCGUUCAAAAUCUUGGCGUUCAGGAAUCUCAUUCAGAAGUGUCAGAACAAAGAAAGAAAAAAAGUGCCACAAGGGAAUCCGAGACCAACAUUGCCAUUCUCCAGACCCUUGUAUCUACCUUAUGAAAUUCGGUGCCUCAUAUUGGACUGCUUGGAUUACACUGAUAUUCCUAUCCUCAAAAGUGCCGUGCAAUACCACAUUGGGGAGUCCUACUGGCGCGCACGUAUGGCGUUCUAUCUCAUUGGAAUAAACGACGAGCUUUCCCGAAUUGAAAACGAAGAGAUUGCUUGGGAACAUCUGUGCUUGGAAACCGAAAAGCUAGACGCAACAACUGACAUCUUCAAGACUUGUCGUCGAGCAAUUCGCAUUUUGACUGUGAUCAAAGAAAAGCUCUUCAAGAUGCUCCAUGAAGGGUACAUCCCGGCUCUCAAAGAUGUCAUUAAUGACGUCCAAGGAGAUGAUACGGGAAUAUUGGGAUUGGGAUAA